AUGCAAGCUAACCAUUCUAGCAUUUCACUGCUUUUGCGCAUGGAAUCUCUUGACAUCCCUCAGACUGGCAUAUUACCCACCUUCAUCAUGGGGGUUGUUGCCUACUGCUUCAUUCUCACCUGCAACCUCACCGUUUUGCUGACCAUUGCUCUCGACAACAAACUCCACAAGCCCAUGUAUAUUCUCCUGUUCAAUCUGCCAGUGAAUGAUCUGAUAGGAGCUACAGCUCUUUUUCCACAGCUUAUUGCCAGCAUUCACCUGCAGAACCGCAACAUCUCCUUCCCAGCCUGUGUGUUCCAGGCACUGAUGGUUCAUCUGUACUGUGGUGGAACUCUCAUCAUCCUUACUGUUAUGGCUUAUGAUCGCUAUGUGGCCAUCUGUCAGCCACUACAUUAUCACACUGUCAUGACUCCCCGCAACCUGAGGAGAAUGACUGUAGGCAUAUGGCUCACUGAUGUGGUCUUGAUAGGGGUUUUAUUCCUCAUGCUGACCCCUUUUAGCUUCUGUCAAAAUCUUAUUGCUGAUAUGUACUGUAAUAAUCCCUCUAUUAUGAAACUGACUUGUGAGAUCACCACUGUCAAUAAUGCCUAUGGACUGUUCUUGUCUGUGUUCCUACAGGGAGUAUCUACCAUUGUGGUUAUAUUCACCUACAUUCAGAUUCUAAAGACCUGUCUGCUCAAUAAGCAGGCUGAUACCAAAAGCAAGGCCAUUCGGACCUGUGCAACACACUUAGUGGUGUUUAUUGUGUUUCAAGUCACCACAAUCUUCUCAGUUCUGUCUCACAGAUUCAGUCAAGUGUCCCCCUAUCUGCGGAGAUCUGUGGGCAUGUCCAUUUUAGUUUUUCCUCCAAUCCUAAAUCCGCUUAUAUAUGGCCUCAACACUAAAGAAAUAAGAGAGAAAACAAUGUUUCUCUUUAUUAGAAACAAAAUAACCUUCACCAAAUAA